AUGGCUACUUCGUCCGGAUAUGACCACGAAGUAUUCUUGAGUUUCAGAGGACCAGAUGCUCGAUCAGGUAUUGCCGACGUCCUAUACACUAAUAUGAUAGGUAAGGGAAUCCGCGUUUAUAAGGACGACAAAAAUCUCGGCAAGGGGCAAGAGUUUGUCCAAGAACUUCUCGAAGCAAUUAAUCAAUCAAAGAUCUCAAUUCCUAUCUUUUCCAAAAAUUAUGCGUCUAGCAUAUGGUGUCUCAAGGAGGUAGCGCAGAUGGUCGAGUGCAAGAAAUCUAAGGGACAAAAGAUCAUGCCCAUUUUUUAUGAUGUGGAUCCUAAAGAAGUUCGAUACCAAACCGGGGGUUACGAAGAGGCCUUUCGUUCCCAUGAAAAGAAGACGCGAUAUGACAAGAAGACUAUAAGUGAGUGGAAGGCUGCCCUUAAAGAAGUAUCGUUUGUACACGGAUGGGACCUGCAUAGCAAGGGGGAGAACAGGCGAGAAGGAGAGUUUGCAAAAGAACUCACCGAGGAGGUUUUCAAAGAAUUGAAAAAGGAUUAUUUGGCGGUAUCUGAUUACUUGGUCAGUGUCGACAACCAAGUGGAUGCAAUCAUGGAAAUGAUAGGUGCUGAGACAAGUGAAACACGGAUUAUAGGAAUCCAUGGGAUGGGUGGCAUCGGAAAGACAACAAUCGCCAAAAUUAUCUACAAUAAGCUUUCAGACAACUUUAAGAACUGCUGCUUUCUUCGCGAUAUUCGAGAAACGUCAAAAAGUAAGGGCAUUCAACGCUUGCAGGAACAGCUCAUCUCUGACAUCCUCAAAGAGAAAUGUGUGGUUAUAAAAGACAGUGAUGAAGGGAUUCGGACAAUUAAAGAAAGGUUGUCCAAUAAAAUGGUCCUCCUCCUUCUCGAUGAUGCCGAAGAAGGGAAUCAUAUAUCCACACUUAUAGGUAAGCGUGAUUGGUUUGGCAAAGGGACCAAAAUUAUUAUUACUACAAGAAACAAAGGUAUUCUUGAUGUUCCCGAGGUGGACAAGAGUUAUGAGCUUAGCCUUAUGAAUCCCACUCGAUCUCUUGAACUUUUUAGCAAACAUGCUUUCGGAAGAGAUACUCCUUGGGACGAUUAUAUCGACCGAUCCAAGAAGGCGGUAGAAAUUGCUGGAGGUCUUCCGCUUGCUCUUGAGGUCAUUGGUUCACGUUUGGGUCGCGUUGGAAAGGAUAAGGAUAUGUGGGACGCCGAAUUGGUGAAGCUUGAAAGAGUUCCUCGUGAUGAUGUUCGGAGUAAACUGAAAAUAAGCUAUGAUGCAUUAGAUUCUUGGCAAAAGCUUAUAUUCCUCGAUAUAGCUUGUCUUUUCAUUGGAUAUGACAAAGACAUUCUGGUUCAUUUCUGGGAUGAAUCUGAUUUUUUCCCGAUAGUAGACAUGAAAGUUUUGCAGAACAUGUCUUUGAUAAAGAUCAACGAGUAUAAUAAAGUAUGGAUGCACGACCAAUUAAGAGACCUUGGAAGAGCAAUGGUUCGUGAAGAAAGAGGCACGCAGAAGGAGAAGCAGAGUAGAGUGUGGGAUCCCGAGGAAGGAUUGGAUUUGCUCACGAGACAUAAGGGAUGUAAAGAAGUGCAAGCUCUUCGUCUCAAGUUGGACCAUGAGUGGGGGCGUCGUUUUACAUACGAGGGCUUUGAGAGCCUGUCAAAGCUAAAAUUCCUUGAAGUGGACGGUUGGGAAGGAAGUUUUCGUGCAGAAGAUAAGCUUCUUUGGCACGGAAACCCAUCAAAUGGUCUUGAGAAGUCGGUUCUCGUCCCUCAACUACGUUGGCUUUCGUGGCCCGAUAUUCCCCCAACAUUUAACAUUGCAAAUUUCUCCAUGGAAAAUGUGGUUAUUCUUAAUCUAUCAAAGAGUACUAUUAGGCAUGAUUGGAAAGGGUGGAGCCACAUGCGGACGAUGAAGAGAUUGAAAGUUCUGGAUUUGUCCAACUGUAAUAGGCUUGAGAGUUUACCAGACGAUCCGGGUAGAGGUCUUACACGCCUGGAAUACCUAUCUCCGGCACAGUGCCACUCGUUGACGAGGCUUCCGAUAUCAAUCGGAGAAUUGACGUCGCUGAUUGAGUUGGAUAUAUCCUUGACGGGGAUCGAAGAACUACCCCGUUCCAUCGGAGAGUUGAGGAAUUUGAAAGUGGUGAAGAUGGGGUGCACUAACAUAAGCAAAAUACCCGACGCAUUUUGGAAUAUUGGGAAGCUCGAACAAGUAGAAGCCUCCGGACGUUUCGGGCGUUUACAUGGAAACAUAGGUCCUGGCAUCUACGAGAAUAAAUCCCUGAGCAUCUUGAAAUUGGAGCGGGCGGAUAUAUCCAAACUACCGCGGCUUCCUGAAAAUUCGCCCGAUCUGGUGAUGGUGGGAAAUCUAAUGGGCUUGGGGAAGAUUGGAUACCACGGUGGAUUGUGGACUUGA